GACAAAACAAAGGCCACCAUAGCCCAUAGCUAAGCAUUUAUCAGUUUCAAAACUUUGUUACUUUGCAAGCUUUCCUCCCCAAUUCUAGAAACCAGAAUCACCAUAACCAUGGCUGUGAAACCCAGCAAUCAAGACCCAUCUCCUGCUUUUGUAGAAACAGUGGAGGAAAUCAUGAAACUCUACCGAUCACUGCCUUCUAGACCUUCCAUUGAAGAAGUUGAAGCAGCCAUGUCUGUGAUUGAGACUGUCAACGGUGAAGAUCAACGGAGGCUUGAGGAAAUUUCAAAGCAAGAGUGUCCUCGUGACGUCCCUGAGGAGCUUUUCUUGGUUCUGCAACAGGUGAGAAGGAACAUGGUGGUAUUUGAAAGCAACGAACAGCGGAAGGAGGCCCUUCACAUGGUUGAAAUUGAUAAGAUGUUUGGGACCUUUGAUGGGUUGAUUCAAAGAGCUUCCUUGUUGGUUUCUGGAGAUACCCAGAAGGAAAAAGUGGUUGAUUUUUCUGACCCAGUUGAGAAAAUUGAGAGAGAAAGUUUGGUUAAUGUGGAAAAUUUGAUCAAUAGAAUAGAAGAUGGAGAACUAGAGAAAGAUGACUCCAAGGAUUUGAUAAAGAGUGCUUCCACCAAGGCACCUAUCUUUUCAGGUGAUGGUGAACUUGAGAAAUUGAGUCUAUUGAAGUUUGCAACAAUCAUAGAAAACUCUGCAAAAAGUGAAGCUGUAGUUCUUGAUCUGAAAGGCAAAUUGAUGGACCAAGUUGAGUGGCUUCCUUCAUCAAUUGGGAAAUUGUCAUUUGUUACUGAGCUGAACUUAUCUGAAAACCGAAUCAUGGCACUUCCAACAACUUUUGGUAGUCUCAAAGCCUUAACAAAACUUGAUAUCCACUCGAACCAACUAAUAAACCUUCCUGAUUCAUUUGGGGAGCUAAUUAGCCUGAUAGAUCUUGAUCUGCAUGCGAAUAGGUUAAAAUCUCUGCCAUCUUCUUUCAGGAACUUGAAGAACCUCAUAAAUCUUGAUUUGAGCUCCAAUCAGUUCACUCAUUUGCCAGAGACCAUUGGGGAUUUGACAAGUUUGAGGAUUCUGAAUGUAGAAACAAAUGAUCUAGAGGAGAUUCCAUACACAAUUGGAAACUGCUUGUCGCUUGUGGAGCUGAGAUUAGAUUUCAAUCAGCUCAAAGCUCUUCCUGAGGCGAUUGGAAAAGUCGAAAGCUUAGAGAUUCUCACUCUUCACUACAACAGAAUUAGAGGGUUGCCAACAACAAUGGGUAAUCUUGCCAAUUUGAGGGAACUUGAUGUUAGCUUCAAUGAACUUGAAUCCAUACCCGAAAACCUGUGUUUUGCAGUAAGUCUUAGGAAAUUGAACGUGGGAAAGAACUUUGCAGACUUAAGAGACUUGCCGCGUUCCAUUGGAAACCUUGAGAUGCUUGAGGAGUUGGAUAUAAGUGAUGAUCAAAUAAGAGUCUUACCAGACUCUUUCAGGUUCUUGUCGAAAUUGAGGAUCUUUCGCGCAGAUGAGACUCCUUUGGAAGUUCCACCCAGACAAGUAGCUAAGCUGGGAGCUCAGGCUGUUGUUCAGUUCAUGGCUGACCUUGUCGCCAACAGAGACACCAAAUCUCAACCAUCAAAGAAGAAGAAGGGAUUUUGGCACAAACUCUGCUUAAGCUUUUGGCCAUUCAGGAGGAAUUCCCAAUAAUUUUCGUAGAUACAUUGAUCUUCGUGUGCAUAAGUUGAAAGUUUCUUCCCUUAGCACUUUUCUGUACUAAGGUUUCUUGUAUAUAUCAUUCCUUCAGACCACAGAAUUGCAAUAUCUAGUUUUUCUCAGUUCAACUGUAAUAAAAGAACAUUGUGACAUAUCCUCUGUGAACCAUUGUGUGUAUGAAAUACUUGUAAAAUGAUAAAUUUUCUGUUCAUCAAUAUAGAUUUGUGUUUGUGAUAUUGUAGAAAA